AUGAUGCCCGAAGUUAGCCGACUGACAUAUCCGGAGCGCUGCAAAGCACUGGACAUGUUUACUCUCGGUUUUCGACGCUCAAGAGGCGACCAAAUCAUGAUGUACAAAAUGAUCGUUUGUAAUGACAUCCUGGAGGUCGCACAGUUCUUCAAACAGGCCGGGGAUAUGCCCACGCGCGGACAUUGCUACAAGCUGGUGGUGUUACGGACUAAUGGGUGCCCGCACAUCUUUGGACUCUUAAGGAGCGCCGUGAAUGCAUGGAACAACCCCCCGCCCGAUGUUGUUGCUGCUGACACAGUUGCCAGUUUCAAGAAGAACUACGAUGCUUUAUUUGAAUUUUGA